UUCUACUUUUCCGCGGUCACACUGUUCCUUAAGGGGUAAAAAAUUACGAAAUCUUGGUGUUCACCGUUUAAGAUUGACUUGACCGAAAUUUUCCCAAAACGAACAAUGGCAUCGAUCUGUGGACGCAUGGCGCUCCGUGCCGCCGCACGCCAAAAUGUUACCUACACACCCGUGCGCUUCUGCAAAAUGAUGAACGAUCCCUUGGAGCACGCCACUGGUAUCGAGAAGCGCGAGCUGCUGCUUAAGGCUGCCGGCAACGAUAAUCCCUUCGACAUGAAGGUCUUCAAGCGGGGCGCCGGCACUAAGGAGAACCCCAACCUGAUUCCAUCGGCCUUCGAUGCCCGCAUUGUGGGCUGCAUCUGCGAAGAGGAUCAGACCUACGUGCAAUGGAUGUGGCUGCAGAAGGGCAACCAAAAGCGUUGUGAGUGCGGUCACUGGUUCAAGCUGGUGGAGAAGGCAGCUGUUUAAAGUUAUUAUUAAUUAAUUCAAUAAAUUCAAUAACAAAAACACAA